AUGUCUCCAAAGAGAGCGAAAGGGAGUGUUCCUCAGCCUCUCGCGCUAAGGAGGACCUUCAAGACCAAGACCGGAGGGCAGCUGCAAAGCUUUGCAGAGGAGAGAGUGAACAAACCUGCCCAUUGUGGCAGCAGGCGCAAAGGCACCGCCGUCCCCCAGAAAACCUACACAGGAGAGAAGCCCAACAUCUGCAUCGAAUGUGGGAAAAGCUUCUUGCAACGCUCGGAUCUGGUCAACCACCGAAGGGUCCACAAGGGAGGGAAGCCCUACCAGUGUCUUGACUGCGGGAAGAGCUUCUGCAGGAAGUGGGAUCUGAGCCGACACCAGCAGAAACACCUGGGCGAGCGCGCCUGCGUAUGUGCCGACUGCGGGGAAAGCUUUGCUGACCCAUCAGCUUUAGCUCGGCACCAGAGAGCCCACUUGGAGGACAAACCCUGCCAGUGCAUCGACUGCGGGAAAACGUUCCGUCGCAGCUCUCAGCAGAAGCGCCAUCCGAGGGUCCCGCUGGAAAAGCCACAGGGGAAGAGCCGUCGGGAGGAUAAGCCUGGCAACGUUUUCAGGACUGCCUCGAAACACAGAGGGGCAAAAGUCUCCAAGAGGCCGGCUUCCUCCAGCAUGUCGGUCCCCAACACCUGUGAGGAAUGCUGGCAGACUUUCAGCCAGAACUCAGAUCUGGUCAAGCACAUGCGCAUCCACACCGGGGAGAAGCCCUACGCGUGCAACCACUGCGGGAGACGCUUCAACGUCAGCUCCAACCUGAUCAGGCACAAGAGAAUCCACACUGGGGAGAAGCCCUACACCUGCUCCGACUGCGGGAAAAGCUUCACCGACAAGUCCACCCUCACCCAGCACAACCGCAUCCACACGGGGGAGAAGCCCUACACGUGCACUUACUGCGGGAAAAGCUUCAGUCGCAGCUCCCACCACAAGAGGCACCAACGGACCCACACUGGGGAGAACUCCCUCUCCUUCCUUCCCCUGUGGCCGUACCCGACUCAGGCAUGUUAG